AUGAAUUUUAUGUCGUCAUCAUCGUUGAAAAUUUAUUUGUCAUUUUUAUUUAAUAUCCGUUCGGUAUUAAUUAGUUUUGCUAAAGAAACGUGUACAAUAUCAAAAUUUCUUUGUUAUCAAUGUGAUUCACGUACGGACGAUUAUUGUCGUGACCCAUUUGACAUGAGACGAGCAAAUCGCACUCUUGAGUGCGCAGAUUAUUGUGUAAAAUUUUUGCAUUAUGAUAAUAUGACAAAUAAUGGUGUUUUUAUUCGUCGUGGUUGUGUAAAUGAUUAUUUACUUUAUCGUCUAAGCAAAAUUGAUGUUUGCUAUAAACAUACAACUUCGUCCACCUUUGCACAGGGAAGAUUUUGUAUGUGUGCAAAAGAAAUGUGUAACAUAGGAAUAUCACACAAUCAAUCUAAACUAUUAUUAAUCAUUAUUCUUAAAUUUUUACAUCAUUGUUAUCAAAGGAUAUUUUCGUAUUGUAAUGAUGAUUAUAUUCAGCAAUUUCAUAUUUUUUAG